AUCAGUUGUCAUUUCGAUAACAACAUAACCUAAAUGAUUUGACAAUGGCAAUGUUUAGGGCUUUAAAUAGAAAUAUACCGUACUUGCGGCAGCAAUUUGGCGCAUUGUUGGGGAACACGAGCACGUCGGUAAAGUUUAUUUGUGGUGUAGUGUUAGUUAGUUACGGUUUUUCAUAUUCCGAAGAAUGUAUUCGCGUAAUAUCAGUGACACCUGGGUACAUAAUGCCCCCAUCCUUCUGGCUGUGGACAGCGUUCACGUUUUGUUUUUUGGAGAUACACUUCUGGGAGGUGCUGGUGGACAUAAUAACAGUGGGGCUGUGCGGUAAACUGAUCGAGCCGCUGUGGGGGCAAAUGGAGAUGUUGACAUUUUUCGCGAUUGUUAAUUUCGGUGUUGCCGUUCUGACUACCGCCUUCUAUUUUAUUUUGUAUUGUGCGACGUUCAACACGGAAUUUUUGUUCACUGUAAAUAUACACGGACUUGCUGGCUAUUUGGCUGGAGUUUCCGUUACUGUUAAGCAAAUUAUGCCUGAUUUAGUUAUAGUUAAGACGCCUUUAGGGAAAUUAAGUAAUAGAAAUAUUCCUUUGGCUGUGUUUUUUCUUUCAGUUCUGUUUAAAAUUGUUGGGUUGGUGGAUGGUACAUACCCCACUAUGUUUUUUACUGGGCUCAUAGUCAGUUGGGUUUACUUGAGGUUUUACCAGAAACAUAGCAAUGGGACUCGGGGGGAUAUGGCAGACUAUUUCACAUUUGCAAGUUUCUUUCCCAAUGUUAUCCAGCCUCCAAUAGCUUUAUUAAGCAACAGUAUUUACAAUGGAUUUGUUAAAAUAGGGUUGUGUAAAAAAGUUGUUAAAAAAAUCGACAUGGCGAACCCAACAGGAGUAACAAUUGUUCCUGGAAGCGACCAACAUGAUAUGGAACGUAGAAGACAAAUUGCUUUGAAAGCUUUAAGCGAACGAUUAUCGAAAUCUCACAGUGAUAAGCAGCCUUUAAUACCAAAAUCCAAUAAGCAAGUGGUUAUUCCCCCAAACAUGAUGCCCAGUCCUUCAACAUCACAGCAGAAUUUAGCCCAAGAACAUGCUUUUCAGAAUACAUUAAAUUUACCACCCAUUCAACAGAAUAACCCCUGAAAUUACUAGACUUUAGUUUUUAACUUGUGUAUUAUAGAUUAUUAUAUGAUUGUUACUUUAUUUUGUAAUAUAUGGA